GAGGACCAGUUGGAUUUUGCGGAGGGCUCGCCUCCCACCGUCCUUCCAUCAAAAAGCUGAUACACGGAGAAUAAUAUGGAGAUGGAGCUUUUUUAAAACAGGCAGAAGGAUGAAGUUGCUUCUUUUCACUCUGACAGGCCAGUUGUAGAUGUUGAAGCAGAAAGGAAUUUUGACCCUUUGUGUGCCGGCUUUGAAAAGGAAGAUGCUUGCUAAACUUGCCUGGCUGUUUCUCCUAAUGCCAUCUGGCCUGGUACAAGGACAAUGGUGGUGGCAACGGCUGUGGGGCUCUCCUGGGACGGCUAUUUCACCUUUGCCAGUGACUGCCAGUCCUGUUACUUCUCCCACGCCAAGGAUAUAUUCAACCAGUGGCUGGGCAUUGAGGGAGACUGGGGCCCGCUCAGCAGUUCCAGCAGCAUGGGAUACCCCUGGCAUGGCGCCACGUGUUGCUGGUGUACCUUCCAAACCUACUUUAGCUCCUGGAAAAAUAGCCGUGCAUUUUCCUAGGAAAACACCUAUGGAAUUGGAUCUGGAGUACAGAACAGCGGAGAAAAUAAAUAUGUGGAAACAGAAGAAAGCAGAAAGAGGGUCCAAGGAGCACCUUGAUCUCACCGAACUAAUAGGAGUCCCACUGCCACCUUCUGUCUCCUUCAUUACCGGUUAUGGAGGGUUCCCAGCAUACAGUUUUGGGCCAGAGGCUAACAUUGGCCGUCUGACAAGGACUCUGAUACCUCAACCCUUCUACAGAGAUUUUGCUAUCGCCGUCACCGUCAAACCAAACAGCGACCGUGGAGGUGUCUUGUUCGCUGUAACGGAUGCCUUUCAGAAGACAAUUUAUUUGGGAGUCAGACUAUCGCCUGUGGAUGACAGCACCCAGAGAAUAAUUAUGUACUACACUGAACCAGGUUCCUACAUAUCCCGAGAAGCUGCUUCGUUUAAAGUCCCAGUGAUGACCAACAAGUGGAAUCGCUUUACAAUAGCUGUCCAGGGCAAUGACAUUGCAUUGUUUAUGGACUGCGAGGAAUAUCACAGGGUGCAGUUUCAGAGAUCAGAUCAGCCCUUGCUCUUUGAAUCGAGCUCAGGAAUAUUUGUUGGCAAUGCUGGAGCGACAGGACUGGAAAGAUUCACCGGCUCCAUCCAGCAGCUCACAAUCAAAUCGGAUCCAAGAGCUACUGAGGACCAGUGUGAGGAUGAUGACCCAUAUGCUUCAGGAGAAAGCAGUGGCUACAACAGCAUUCAAGAACAGGAGGGUGUCCCUGAGACGCAAGAAAUCAUUCGGCCCUCACAAGCCCCACACCUGACUGAGAAUGUAUCUGAAGAAACAACAGCUGGUCCUGUACGAGCCCCGCCAACCACAGCACCUCAUUCUGAAGAGAUGGAGUUCUCAGGCCACCAUCUCUUAGAAGCAACUUUGGGACCAACUAAAGUCCAAAAACAAGGUUUAACCACUACAGAAAUCAGAAAAGAGGAAAGUGAACUUACCACUAUGGCUCAGGAAAUAUUAAAAACAACACCUGAGCCUCCUGAUGGUUUUCUGCAAGUUACAGGCAGAGAAAAGGGCCAAAAAGGUGAAAAAGGUGAAAGGGGAGAGGAAGGACCACCAGGACCACCAGGAAAAGCAGGCCUGGAUGAAGCAGAACCCGGGACUGCUGGACAACCUGGGCUUCCUGGAAAGCCUGGACUGGAUGGUAAACCUGGCAUUUCUGGCAAAGAUGGGUUACCGGGGAAACCAGGACUUCAGGGCUCUCCAGGGCUAAAGGGGGAACCUGGCCUUAAAGGAGAAAAGGGAGAUGCUGGCAUAGGACUACCAGGCCCCCCUGGGCUUCCAGGGCCUCCUGGACCGCCUGCUCCAUCCAUGGGAUUUAGAAGAGUGGAAAUGGAAGCCUCUGGGUCUGGUGACUCUGACAGAGACAUGGAAUUUCCAAGGGGUGCCCCUGGACCUCCAGGUCCUCCAGGUCUACCAGGGGCUCCAGGACUGCCAGCACCAGAUUCAAAUGCAGGAAUUCCUGGGUUGCCAGGAGAAAACGGGAAAGGUGGAGCUGCUGGGCAUCCAGGUCCUCGUGGUCCCCCUGGUCGUCCCGGUCAAGAUGGAUUGGCUGGUUCUGCAGGAGCAAAGGGAGAAAAAGGUGAUCAAGGUAUUUGGGGGUCACCUGGAUCAAAGGGAGACCCUGGAGAUAUUGGGUUACCAGGCAGCAAAGGAGCUGAUGGGGAGCCUGGGAAACCAGGGACCCCAGGACUUCCAGGACCCCCAGGACCCCCAGGACCCCCUGGCUCAGGCUAUGGAUUUGGAUUUGAGGAUAUGGAAGGCUCAGGCUUCGUUGGUUUGUCACGUGACCCUGGAACCUCAAGACUAAGUGGGCGAAAUGGUCCAGCCGGGGAGGUCGGUCUGCAAGGACCAAUGGGGCCAAAGGGAGAAAAAGGUGACAAUGGACUACCAGGUACACCUGGCUUAAAGGGAGAGCAAGGCCCAGAAGGAAGGCCAGGAUUUCCGGGUGUUGCUGGAAGACCUGGAGACACAGGGUCAAAGGGAGAUAAGGGUGACCCAGGACCCAAGGGUGAACCAGGACAAGAUGGUGCCAGUGUUGUGGGGCCACCUGGACCACCUGGACCACCUGGUCCCAUCAUAGCCAUUCCCAGGUCACUAAAUGCUUCAGAUGAAAGUUUUAACAUUACGAGAAUCAAAGGACUUGUUGGGCCUCCAGGUCCAGACGGUAAGCCUGGCCUGCCAGGAUUUCCUGGCCCCAGGGGACCAAAAGGAGACAUUGGACUUCCUGGUUCACCAGGAGAGAAAGGAAAGCAGGGUGAAAAGGGUGAGCCAGGAGCCAUCUUUGCUUCAGCUGAAUCAUUAACAGAAGUGAUAAGAAGACCAGGAGAGAAGGGUGAACCUGGAGUAACAGGACCAGUUGGACCAAUGGGGCCACCUGGACCUUCAGGACUUAAAGGAGAACUUGGUUUCCCCGGUCGGCCAGGACGUCCUGGCCUGAAUGGGAAAAAAGGCAUAAAAGGUGAACGGGGUGUAACAUUAUAUGGGCCUCCUGGUGUGCGUGGAUUACCUGGGCCCCCAGGACCCCCAGGUCGCGUAGUUUUCAUUAAAGGAACAGUUUUUCCAAUUUCUCCCAGGCCUCAGUGCAAGACAACAGCAGACACCCCUCACCCUGGAAACCCAAAAGUGGCCGAUGAAGCAGGUUCCUGGAGUGUAAGUGGUCCACCAGUCAUCAAAGGUGAAAAAGGAGACAGAGGCGCACCAGGGCCACCAGGUCCUCCUCUGCCAUCAACUUAUUUUAGCCAGUUAAACAUCAUGAAGGGUGAGAAAGGAGUCAAUGGAGAAGUUGGCCUUAAAGGAGAAAAAGGAGAACCAAAUGGAGGCUUUUUUAUGUCAGGACCUCCAGGACUCCCAGGAAGACCAGGACCAGUGGGACCAAAAGGAGACACAGUGGUUGGGCCUAGAGGCCCCCCUGGGGUACCUGGACUACCUGGCCCUCCAGGAUUUGGACCAGUUGGACCUCCUGGCCCACCAGGACCUCCUGGCCCACCAGGGCCUCCAUCAAUAUAUGGCUCAGUAGCAGCUGUUCCAGGCCCACCUGGACCUCCUGGAGAACCUGGAUUACCUGGGACCAGGAACUUGGUCACAAGGUUUAGAAAUGUAGACACUAUGCUACAAAAGGUCCACUUGGUGUCCGAAGGCACAUUGAUCUAUCUUAGUGAAACCAGUGAGGUGUUUAUUCGUACUCAAGGAGGAUGGAAAAAAUUGCAGCUUGGUGAACUGAUUCCUAUUCCGGCUGACAGCCCCCCACCUCCAGCAAUUUCAAGUCCAGUCACAGAGCAGUUUACAGGUUCUAGAACAUUUCAGUUUGAAUAUGAAAAACCCAGUUAUGCACCAAUCCCAGCUUCAAAUACUGACGGCCGAAGGCCAAGUCUUCAUCUGGUGGCCUUGAACACCCCGUUUUCUGGUGACAUGCGAGCUGACUACCAGUGCUUUCAACAAGCUCGGGCUGCUGGUUUGCUCUCAACAUACAGAGCUUUCUUAUCUUCCCAUCUGCAAGAUCUCUUGACGGUGGUCAGGAAAGCUGACCGGUAUCAUGUGCCCAUAGUUAAUCUUAAGGGAGAAACAUUGUUCAGUAACUGGGAGUCAAUAUUCUCUGGCAAUGGGGGGCAGUUUGACCUCCGGAUUCCAAUAUACUCCUUUGAUGGUAGGGAUGUCAUGACAGAUCCAGCUUGGCCUCAGAAAGUUGUCUGGCAUGGUUCAAGUUCAAAUGGAAUACGACUCAUUAGCAACUACUGUGAAGCCUGGAGGACAGCGGAUCUGGCCGUCAUGGGGCAAGCCUCACCCUUGAAGUCUGGGAAGUUAUUGGAUCAAAAGGCAUAUAGCUGUAGCAACAGGUUCAUCACUCUUUGCAUUGAAAACAGUUAUGUCUCAGACAUAUGAAGGAAACAAGUCCCCUUCCCACUCCCAAUAUAAAUUUAAAGUUUAUUAAAGAAAUGUUGCCACUGACAUAUAAUUUUUAAAUUAUGUAAAUAUUGUACUGUAAUUGCAUACUUUUUUUUAAAAAAAGAAAAACAUAACCAAAGAAAGCAUACCUCAGUGCAGAAUCAUAUUCCAAGAUGGUGAAAUUCAUUCUUCUGAAACAUUUCAACCCAUGCAGAAACUGUGUAGAUCAGCUGGGCUGAACAACCACACAGAAGUGCCUGGGCAAUAUGGGACUGGUCCCUAUUAUAAGCCUCCUUGGGGCAGUUGCUGAAAAGUUUGGUUGGAGAUACCAGGUAUAGUAUGCAAACAAGAGGGACCAUUGUAUGUUGUUCCAGUGGGGCUAGAACAAUUGUCUCUAGUACGGAAGGGGCAGAAUUACUAUUGCAGAUGUAAGGUUCCAUGAACCUUUCUGCUGGGUAAAAAGCCAUUGAACAUCACUGUCUCAUUAGCUUCACGUUCCAUCUGCCCUAGGCUGCCGACCACAAUACUAGGCUGAAAACUGAUUCUCAAACAUCCCUCUCAGUUUCAAAAGUAGGUUGCUACACAUCUUAGGAAACAGCUGUUUGAGAAGCACGUGUUCACACCCCUCUUUUAUGGAACAAACUGCAUAGUUCUAAGAAACUUGGCACACAGAAGGCCAUGGUUUGGAAGACUGGAACCCUACAAAGCAGUUUGCCUAACAUCUUCCUUUGGGUAGGAAACAAGUUUGAAUGUAACUGACCUUGGAUUAAGCCAUCUCUCCCUCCCCAUCGUUGCAUGAGGGCAGCACAAGGAAUAUGAAUUUCACCCCUAUGGAAAUGUAAUUUGAUGCAUAUUUUGGUGCUACUGUGGUCUUGAAAAAACCCCUGAACUGUGCUGAAAGGUCAUUAUAAUAGUGCUAAAUAGCUGAUUCCCCAAAGGGCACGUAGAAAGCUUCUGUUUGGAACCCUGCACCAUUCAAAGCGCCUCUCCCAAAGCCUGGAAGAACUUCAGGAGAGGCAUCCAAUGGAAUACAAAGAACUAGAGUUUGGAAAGAGAAAACAGAAAAACAUGAAGUGUCUGUGGAAUCACGUGGGAUCCCAACCGUUACUGUGUAUAGUACUGGCAAAACUGUCCGUAGCUAAUUUGAUUGAAAGGCAGCAUAAUGUGUUUACAUCUCUCAUUUCAGUUUGGAGAAAGUUGCCUUCUUAUUGCUACAGGAAUUGCCAAAACCAACGACAGGCAGGUGUCAUGUUUUCUUACAGAUAGAUAUUGGAUCAUUAUUCCAUGUUAAGUGAAAUGCAGACUUGCUGCUUUUCCUCUCCUCACCUCUUCCCCUUCAUUUGUUCAGUUUUCCGUUGGAACUAAAUUGUAGCUUUUAGGAAUUGUUAAUGAACUACAGGAUGACCCUCACCAAAAACAGUAUUCCAAUCAUGCUGUAAACAUGUUGGUCCUAUAUGGUCUCACAGUAUAUUGUAGAAGAAGCUAUGCACUUAAAAUUGUCAUAAUGUAACACUAUAACGGCAGGCAAUAAUUACUGUUUUGAAACAUAAGCUAGUAGCUCUACUCUUUAGUGAUCUCUAUGACUCGUUUGCCAUCAAAUCAGUUAUUUAAUAGCUAGCUGUAAGUCAAAAGCUGUUUUCUUCCAGAGUCCUUAUCAUUGUAACCAAUGUUGUUUUUAUAUGAUGUAAAAAUGUGAAAUCCAGUUCUAUUUUUCCAUUUUAAUUAAUAUAAAAGCAUAUUUCCCACUG